CUUCUCAUGCUGCCUCUGCCACCUUCUCGGGUAGAAGACAUCAUUUCAACUCUAACGCAGCAUGAUCGAAACGUACAGCCAACCUUCUCCUCGAUCUGUGGCCACUGGACCACCCGUCAGUAUGAAAAUUUUUAUGUAUUUGCUUACUGUUUUUCUUAUCACCCAGAUGAUUGUGUCAGCACUUUUUGCUGUGUAUCUUCACAGAAGAUUGGACAAGAUAGAAGAUGAAAGGAAUCUUCAUGAAGAUUUUGUGUUCAUGAAAACGAUACAGAGAUGCAACAAAGGAGAGGGGCCUUUAUCGUUACUGAACUGUGAGGAAAUUAGAAGCCAGUUCGAAGGCUUCGUCAAGGAUAUAAUGCUAAAUGAAGAAGUGAAGAAGAAAGGAGAAAACUUUGAAAUGCAAAAAGGCGAUCAGGAGCCUCAAAUUGCGGCACAUGUCAUAAGUGAGGCCAGCAGUAAAACAGCAUCUGUUCUACAGUGGGCCCAGAAAGGAUACUACACCAUAAGCAACAACUUGGUAACCCUCGAAAAUGGGAAACAGCUGGCCGUUAAAAGACAAGGACUCUAUUAUAUCUAUGCCCAAGUCACCUUCUGUUCCAAUCGGGAAGCUUCGGGUCAAGCUCCAUUUAUAGCCAGCCUCUGCCUGAGGUCCGUGAGUGGAUCUGAGAGAAUCUUACUUAGAGCGGCAAAUACCCACAGUUCCUCCAAACCUUGCGGGCAGCAAUCCAUUCACUUGGGAGGAGUAUUUGAAUUGCAACCAGGUGCUUCGGUGUUUGUCAACGUGACUGAUCCAAGCCAAGUGAGCCACGGGACCGGCUUCACAUCUUUUGGUUUACUCAAACUCUGAACAGUGUAACCUCGCAGGCUGCGGCUGAGCUGAUGCUGGCAGUCUUCAUAAUACAGCAGGGCAGUUAAGACCACCCCCUGUUGAACUGCCUAUUUAUAACCCUAGGAUCCUCCUCACGGAGAACUAUUUAUUAUACACCCCAAGGCACAUAGGGCUGCAAAAAGUGAAUCACGGGGCGGGUGAAACCCAAACAGGCCCUGUUCCAUAAGAGCUUAGAUUCUGAGGCAGCAACCCCACUGAUGCAGACAUCCCGAGAGUCCUAUGGAAAGACAGGCCAUUAUGCACAGAUUGAAUGCUGAGUAAACAGCAGAUAAUUAGCCAAGUUCAGUUUCGUUUCUUUGCAUACAGUGUCUUUCAGUGGAUAAUGUAUUUGAUUUAUCAGUGAAGAUGCGGAAGGGAAACAGGGAGCCUCAGCUCACAUUCAGUUAUGGUUGAUUCUGGGUCCCUGUGGCCCCGAUGGAGGGGGCAGGCUCUAGAAAGUCUAAUGCAGUGGAGAACAGGAAAACCCUGCCCCCACCAACCACCCUGACACUCAUUCUCUCUCUCUCUCUCAUAAACACACACACACACACACACACACACACACACACACACACACAGGAGUCAAGCUGUUGCUAAUCAGUUAUCUUAUUUCAACCCCAUCCCUAUCUCCACCACUGUAGAUGGGAGGGGGGAGAAGAGAGCAGCUCUGAGCCUGCCCCCUCCUCCUCCUGAAAUGACUGUAUUUAAAGGAAAUCUAUUGUAUCUACCUGCAGUCUCCAUUGUUUCCAGAAUGAACUUGUGAUUAUCUUGUUAUUUAUUUUUUGAAUAAUAAAGAUCCCUUAACGUUA